AUCAUCCAACCACGAAACUUCUGCUACUAAUAAUAAAUGAUAGUCUUCAUGUUGCAUUGAAUAUCAAGAUCCCAACUUUUAAUUUUCUUGAAAAUCAAGUCUCUCUCUCUAUAUAUAUAUAUUGAACCCCAUUCUUGAAUUACCCAAGUCACAAAAAAAGAAAAAAACUGAGUCUUUACAUUGAAUUUCAAGAAUUCCCAAAGAUUGAAACAACAUUCUUGAAUUUUCUGUGUUAAUUAUAAGUCUUGUUUGGUUAUUAUCUUUCUGAAUUCACAUAAAAGAUGCCACCUUUUGCUGGAUCUCAUCCUCUUUCUCAUGGUUUUUCAAGAAACUCUAAUGAUUCAUCUUCAAAUAUUGUCACCAUUGAUGUAGGUGGUCAGCUUUUUCAAACAACCAAACAGACCUUAAAGCAAUCAGGUUCAAAAUCAAUUCUUUCUGAAAUUUCAAAUCUUGAUGGUACCAUUCCAUUUAUAGACAGAGACCCUGAAAUUUUUUCAAUCUUGCUUUCCCUUUUAAGAACUGGAAAUUUACCCUCAAAGGCCAAAACUUUUGAUAUUCAAGAUUUGGUUUUUGAAUCUCAGUACUAUGGUGUUGAACACCUUUUAUUAAAUUCUCAAUCAAACCCUUCUCAGUUUGAGCCUUUUGAUCUUGAAAAAUCAUUGAUUUUGCCAUUAAGUGGUAGAGAUUCACCUACUGCUAUCUCAACAACUCAAUUAGGUUCAGUUCAUGUUGCUCAUGGUUGUAAAAUCACUUCAUUUGAUUGGUCAUUGAAAAGAAAAUCAACCAUUUUAACACAAUUUGCUGGUAUUGAUUCUAUGUUAUCAUUGUCACCAAAUGUUGUUGCUGCUGGUGCUACUGACUUUUCAGGUUUACAAAUUAUUGAUGUUAAUAAAGGGUUUGUUAAGGAGACUUUAAACUGGGAAAAUGUGACUAAAUCUGGUUCAACAGUACAAGCAAUUGGUGCCUCAAAUGAGUACUUGUUCACUAGUUUUGAAUCAGCCAGGAGAAAUUCUAACUGCAUUAUGAUAUACGAUUUGAACAACGGUUUUAGGCCUGUUGCUGAGAUUGGUCACUAUGAAAUCUUUGGUGCUGAAUUGGAUUCCGCGAUUCCAGCGACUAAACUGAGUUGGAUUUCUAGUCAUAACUUGUUGAUGGCUGCUGGUUCGCAUAGCGGACCUUCUGGUGUUAGCGGGAACAUUAGGUUUUGGGAUUUAAGGUCUGGAAACGCGGUGUGGGAGAUAAAAGAAAAUGUGGAUUGCUUCUCUGAUUGCACAGUUUCGGAUGAUCUUUCAGCUAUACUGAAAGUCGGUGUGCAUUCAGGCGAAGUUUUCAUUUCGGAUUUGAGGAAUAUUGGUAAGGAAAAUUCUUGGACUUGUCUUGGUGAUCAAAGAAAAGUAGUAACAAAUGGUAAAAAAGAAGGUUUUGGAAGUAAGAUUGAGAGUCAUGGGAAUCAAGUUUUUUGUAGUAAAGGUGGAAAUUUGGAUUUGUGGUCUGAGGUUUUGAUUGGUAAUUCUAUAAAAGAUAGAGUUUUUAGGAAGAACACAAUGGGGAGAGCAAAAGAUAGUUGUGGAAAUAAGAUAACUCAUUUCAGUUUUGGAGGUAACAAAAUGUUUGUUACAAGGAAAGAUCAACAAUUUGUUGAAGUUUGGCAGAGUUCAGUAAGGGGAUUCUAAGUUCCGCGACUUUGUUUUUGAAAAUGCUGCAUCAUCUGUGUUGGAUCGUUAAACAAUGCACUAGAUCUGACACGCACCUGUCGAUAUUAUUCAAGAGUUCGAGCAGCAUAGUUGGCAGGAGUUAGAAAAGAUGUUGCAUCAUCUGUGUCGGAUCCCUCAACAAUGCACUACUUUUGGAGGAUAUCCGACACACACCUGUCGAUGCUAUUCAAGAGUUCGAGCAACAUAGUUGACAGUAGUUAGAUUAGCUGGAAGUUUUUAUGAGUAACCACCUUAUUUUCAAUCUCUGAUUCUUGUUUUUUCAUUACUAUUAAUUUAUCUGUAGAUACUUUCUUUCAUUGCACAAAUUGUAUGUAUAUGACGCGAGUGGAAUAUCAAACUUUAUUUUACUGUUUUCA